AUGGCUAUCAACAGGCAGCGGUCAUCGGAGAAAACCGUUGAAAGAAUCUCGCCAGCCAGGUAUGUGUAUCUGGAUGAGCUUGUCGAGAAAACAAAGGAUAAAACGGAACUUCGAAAUCAAAUGUUGAACCUAUUCCUUCCAGCUCGUGAUUCAACUUCUAGUGCAACAGGAUUCAUAUACUUUCAUUUGGCCUUUCACCCGGAUGUCUGGAUAAAGUUGCGCGAGGAAGGUGUAGGUCUUCGUCUUCUUGCUCCAGCAGGUCUCAGUAUACGAACAUGUGUUGAAGAUUGUGUACUUCCAAGAGGAGGUAGACCAGAUGGUAAAAGGUCCAUCCUUGUUCGUCCAGGUACGGAAAUUAGAAUAGUGUUUCACGCACUACAUAGAGAUCGAGAUAUCUGGGGAGAAGAUGAGAUGGAGUUUCGUCCUGAGAGAUGGGAAAACUUUCGAACAACAUGGGAAUAUAUACCUUUUCUUGGGGGUAGUAGGAUUUGUCCAGCGCAACAGAUGGCCUUGACCGAAGUUUAUUAUUUCGUGGUUCGAUUCAUGCAAGAAUUCAAAUUCAUGGAGAACAGGGAUCCUGAGAAGAAGUUUGUUCCAGGCAUGAAGUUAUCUAUGGAGAGUAAAAAUGGUGUGAAAGUAGGAUUUGGGGUAGCAUGA